AUGGUCAAGCUAGUCCUAGCUCUCUUGCUCCUAGCAUCUCGGCCGCUCUGGACUUCUGCUGGCGAUGCACAAGAAGCUAAAGAUGGAAAGCUUCAUGGUCGUUUUUUACAUAUCACUGAUAUACAUGUUGAUCCGAAUUACAAACCAAAUUCCAAUACCGACGGGGAUCACGAUUGUCACAGAGGAUCUGGACAUGCAGGCUUUUUCGGAACUGUCGGCUCUGAUUGCGACUCCCCUCUCACCCUGUUAAACGCAACAGUCGCGUGGAUUCAAGACAACCUCGCAGACUCGAUCGACUUUGUUAUUUGGACAGGCGAUGCGGCACGCCACGACAGUGAUGAAAAAAUACCACGUACGGAGAAAGAGGUUCUCCAGUUGAACCAGUUGUUGGCCAGCAAAUUCCAUGACAUCGUUUCUACAUCAAAUGGGAAGAAAAAGGAAAUGCGAAUUCCAUUCGUCCUUACAAUCGGGAAUAAUGAUGUAAUGCCCCACAAUAUCUUGAAGAAGGGACCUAAUACCUGGACGAAGAACUUUGCCAGUAUCUGGGAUCCUUUUAUUCCUGAGGAACAGCACCACUCAUUUGUUCACGGUGGCUGGUUUUAUGUAGAAGUCAUUCCCCACCGAUUGGCUGUUUUCAGUCUUAAUACGAUGUACUUCUUCAGCUCAAAUAGUGCUGUUGACGGAUGUGCGAGUGAAGACGAACCCGGAUAUGAACAUAUGGAGUGGUUGCGGGUCCAGCUCCAGUUCAUCAGGAAAAGGGACAUGAAAGCAAUUCUAAUUGGACACGUUCCCCCGGCCAGGACAGAUUCCAAGGAGAACUGGGAUGAGACAUGCUGGCAAAAAUAUACGCUCUGGCUACAGCAGUACCGUGAUAUAAUCGUUGGGAGCAUGUUUGGACAUAUGAAUAUCGAUCAUUUUAUGCUCCAGGACACGAAAGAUAUUAAGAUCGGUGAUGGGGGAGCCAAAUCUCUGCUCAGGCUGGCGAAGCGGGACAGCAGUGACGAUCAGACGGUGUCCAUACAAUCACGCAUGAAUUAUUUAACAAGUCUGAGGGAUUCUUGGUCACGGUUGCCAUCUCCGCCCGAUACAUCAUCUUCCGCCUGUUCAGAGGGUGGUGUCGAUAGUAAACUUAACUACAAAUCUCAUCUUGGUUUAGUUUGGGGUUUGAAACCCCAAGGCAAGAAGAAGGAGAUGAGAAAAUAUCUGAAGGCCAUUGGUGGGCCUUGGGCGGAAAGAUACAGCAUAUCACUUGUUUCACCCAGCGUGAUUCCAGACUACUAUCCGACCUUGCGCGUGAUCGAGUACAAUGUAUCCGGUCUAGAGAACGCUAAGAUUUGGUCGGAAGCAACUUCGCAUCACAAAAAAUGGCAGCAGCCGACAUUACCUUUGCUUGAGGAUGUUGAUAUUGACACUCAGGAUCUGCAGGAAGAAAGCAGAAAGAAAAAGAAAGGUAAAAAGAAAAAGAAAAAGAAGCCAAAAAUGCCAAAAUUCAAAUCUCCGGAACCACCAUCUACUACAUCGCCACCAGGACCUGCGUAUUCGAACCAGCCGCUAACCCUGCUUUCAUAUACACAAUACUUUGCCAAUUUAACAGAACUCAAUAAUAUCCAAACGAUGAGUUCUACAGUUGGCCGAGAUCACAACCAAAAACUUCUCAAGCAUGACCCACGAGAAUCCGACGAUGGCCUCCAGCCAAGGAAGUUCUCCUUUAAAGUUUUUUACGAUACCAAAACAGACAAAGUAUAUAAUCUGAAGGAUUUGACGGUCAAGAGCUUCCUGAAUCUCGCGAGAGGGAUUGCAGAGAAGAAGAAGGCCUCGGGUGGGAGGAGAACUGAAGCAGGCGUAGCUCCUGGUUACCUAGAUGGGAAGGCAAAAACGCCGCCAGAGGAAAAGAGAAAUGAGUUGCCCGUAAAUCAGAAUCAAGGUCCGUCAUUGAAUUAUUUAUGCACGGGGAUGGAAGCAUCGCCUCCAAUGACGCGGUCUCGCGAUAGUCUUUGGUCCGUGUUCGUGCGGCGGGCAUUCGUGGGGUUUGUCGACGAUAACGCAUGA